AGAGGGUUUUACAUAUAUCAGAGUCUAAAUUCAAUGGCAACUCACAAAGGGUCCACUAUAGUUUUUCUGGUAUUGUUAUGUUCAGGAAUAUGUUCCGCUGCUAGAACUCUCUUCUCUUAUGAACAGAGUGCUGGCUACGGAUCAUACCACUCAGGUGCUACGGAUCAUGAACUGGCUUCUGGUGGUGGUGGUGGAGGCGGUGGCGGUAGUGGUGGAGGAGGAGGAGGUGGUUACGGUGCUGGAGGUGAUCAUGGUUCUGGAUCUGGAAGGGGAGCUGGAGAAGGCGGCGGUGCUGGAUAUGGAGGUGGAAGAGAAGGUGGUGGUGGUGGUGGUGGAGGUGGUGCUGGAAGUGGUGGUGGAGGUGGUGGCGGUUCUGGUGGUGCCCAUGGUGGUGGCUAUGGUGGUGGUGAAGGCGGUGGUGAGGGGGCUGGUUAUGGAGGUGCUGGGGGAUACGGUGGUGGAGGAGGUCAUGGUGGUGGCGGUGGCGGAGGUUCCGGUGCAGGAGGAGCCGGGGGAAGUGGAUAUGGGACUGGAGGAGGUUCUGGUGCAGGUGGUGGUUCAGGAGGGCAUGGUGGUGCAGCUGGUGGUGGCGGCGGUGGAGGUUCUGGGGGUGGCGGCGGCGGUGGAUACGGGGCAGCUGGAGGUGAACAUGGAGCUGCUUCCGGUUAUGGAAGUGGUUCCGGAAGCGGAGAAGGUGGUGGACAUGGUGGCUAUGCACCUUGAUCAAACAUGCAUGUGCUAUGUUCGGGGUUGAGUUGGUUCGGUUUAUCAACAGGGUUACAAAUAAAUUAAGAUUGGUAAAAAUCUGAUCUUAUGUCCGUGCGUGUAAAUCAACUUAUGAUGCAUGCAUGCAAUUAAUAUGUUUUCAAGAGCUCUAAGUAAACUUGUAAGCUCUUUCGUGUUAUCUGAUUAUAUUUUCACUUC